AUAUGAAAACAAGAUUUAUUGUUUAUGUUGAUAUUGAAUUGAGAAGAUUAACGCUGUGUGUGAGGAUGUGAAUGUUCUUUGUUUUUUAGUAUCCAUAAUUUCGAUCAUUCUGCGUGUAAUUUGUGUUCGUGAAAUGUGAUCUCAAAGAUUUAAAAUGAAGUUCGAGUGUGGUUUGAACGGUAAGAUAGGUCCAACCAUAUGAGUGUUAAAUAUCGGUGUUCAUCCAUACGUGAUAUUCGCAUUGUUCGUGCCGUUCGUACAAGAUCUCAUCAGCAUGGUUGUAUUAUUUCUAAUAUAAAAUUAUUCAUUAUUCCAUCAUGAAAAGAAGAGCCGUCGCUGUAAAUGAGCGUUGUACUUCGCCAGUGAUAAAAAGGACGAAAGUACACGCUCAAAGAAAAUUCGCUCAAGGUGCAAGUAAUUACAUCACGACGCCGACUAAAUUACCAAAACCCAACGAUGCUGUGCAGCCAUUUUCACCGGAAACUAGUAGCGUUGAUAAUGACGAUCGUGAAUUGAAUAAUUUCUCAAAUCUACCGACAAUCGAUGAUUUUCUCACAUUCCUGUGUUAUCGAGAAACCGAUGUUCUCCCGCAGAGAUUAAACUACCUGAAUACCCCGCAAUUCGAAAGCAUUCCUGCGAAAAAGAAACCUUCGAAAUCGAGCUCUACGUCGUUAUCGUCGUUACCUUCGAGUAGAUCUAGUAUUGACCAUAGUAAGGCUAGUGAUAAAGUUAAUUCGAAUUUCAAGAAUAAAAAGAAAGUUCCUGAGUAUCCAUUACGUUCUAAGGAAAUCAAAUGUAAACCAAUCAUUAGCAAAGCUUCGCGUUCUUUAGCGUUAAAACAUAAUCAACGAUUACGUAAAAUCGUGCAAACCAAGUUUACCGAAAAUAAAUUACCGAAUUUCAAGGCUAAGAAUACUUCGAAUAAAUUUCCAGCUUCGAAGAAUAAUGUCAACGUUAAAGUUAAUAAUGUUAAGAAUCAUACCAUCACUACAGCUAAUAGUUCUGAGAAAGAAACGUCCAAGAUUACCGGACAGGAAGUGAAACGUGUUACCAGAAGAAAUUCUAACCUUAAUGAUUUAGCUGAAAAGCCUGAGAUAGUUCGAACAGUUGCGAGGAAAUCACCGGCGAAGCCAAGUUUACCAGUUAAAGAGCUUCCAGUAACCGUAAACAAUACGCACGUUCAAGCUAGAAAACUGCCACCGAAGACACUUCGUGUUUCCGUAACUAAAUUACCUUCGCCUACAAUUUCCAACAUCUCGCCGAUAAAAAGAAGCACACGUUCGGCUACAGCGCGUCUUGAAUCGAAUAUAAAAACCCCAAGCACGAGUUCUCGACCAACGAGAAAAACAAAAGAAGCUGCAACGCUGUACAUGGAAACUCUGGGUAAAGAUCUACUACGUGGAGAUGAAAGCUUCGAUGAAGAUGAUUUGUCGAUUGAAAAUUACUUCGAGUUACCUAUCGUUGAACCUGCUGCAAAACCGAAAAAAGAAAUAAAAGAACCAUCGAAGAAACCCAAACCGGUCAUUUCGGUGAAAAGAAAGCCUCAAAAGUUGAUUAAAAAAUUCAACGAUAAAAAGGCUCCGGUGAAAGCACCCGAUAAGAUUCGUAAACCAGUCAAAAAAGUUAUCAAAAAAGAUGAAGCUCAAAUUGAAAAAUUGAACGACGAGCUCAAAAAAAUCGUCGAAGAUAAGCCAUUGAAAGAAAAAUUAGAGCAUAUUACGAAAUCGAUCGAUAUAGAUAAGGAAUUGGAAGCUAUACAACAUACUUUAGGUAUCUCUAAAGGUGAAGUGAUAAAUGAUCUCACAGGAUUAACCGAUGAAUUUAUCGAUGAUAAAGAAGAACCGGUUGUAGAUAAAUUGCUAGAUAAUAAUUUAGUUGAAAUGCAACUCGAUGAAGAAAACGAGGAAAUUGAGAUGGGGAUUCCAAUGGAAUACGAUGAUAUUGAAAAUAUAGACAUUCCUGAAUUAGCCAUCGAUACUAAAAGUACAAAAAAUAAAAUCCUACCAAAAGAAAAGACUGCCGAACAUGAAAUUAAAAAACGUGUUUUACAAGAAGAUGCCAUUAUUGUAGAAAAAAUCGAAAAUAUCAUCUUGGGAGAAGAUAAAACUAAAACUGAAGUUUCCCAAAAGGAAAAAAUAGAUGAUCUCGUUCCUCAGAAAGAUAAAAUCUCUUCUAGCUCCAACACGAAAAAUUGCUUGAAACAAUCAACUGAAAAGUUGACGAAGCCUGAAAUUUCAAGCACAAUCAAGAAAAAUUGUUCGAAGAAACCUCCGAAAAAAGUUGAUAAGACUGAUGAUCUUAAAUUGCCUACCAAGAAAUCUGUCGAGAAAUUAGACAUUUCCAGCCCUGCUGCUAAAAAGAAAUCCGACGAAGGAAUAGAAAAAGCCAAAAUUUCCAAUCACACUGCGAAAAAUUCGUCGAAAAAAUUAACCGAAAAACCAAAUAAGAGACCGGAAGUUUCGAAACGAAAACCAUCCGAUAGAAUAGAAAAUCCAGAAGUCCCGGUGAAAAAACCCGUCGAAAAAUCAGAGAAACCAGAAACUCCAGCGAGAAAACCUGUGGAAAAAUCGGAGAAACCAGAGAUUCCAUCGAAAAAACCUGUUGAAAAAUUAGAGAAACCAGAGAUUCCAGCGAUAAAACCUGUCGAAAAAUUAGAGAAAACAGAAAUUCCGGCGAAAAAACCUGUUGAAAAACCAGAAGCUGUGGUGAAAAAACCAACCGAAAAAAUUGUCAAGUCCGAAGGCCUAGUGAAAAAAUCGACAGAAAAAGUAGAAAAAUCAGAAGGCUCGGUGAAAAAAUUUACAGAAAAAUCAGAAAUUCCAGUAAAGAAAUCUGUUGAUAAAACAGAUAAAUUGGAAGUUCCGGUGAAAAAAUCUGUAGAAAAAUUAGAAAAAUCAGAAAUUCCAAUAAAGAAAUCUGUUGAUAAAACAGAUAAAUUGGAAGUUCCAGUGAAAAAACCAAUAGAAAAAUUAGAAAAAUCGGAAAGCUUCGUGAAAAAAUUAUCAGAAAAAGUAGAAAACUCAGAAGUUUCGUUGAAGAAAUCUGUUGACAAAAUAGAUAAAUCUGAAGCUCCGGUGAAAAAAUCGACAGAAAAAUCAAUGAAAAAACCAUCAGAAAAAGUAGAAAAGUCGGAAGUUUUAUUGAAGAAAUCUGUCGACAAAAUGGAAAAACUGGAAACUCCAGUGAAAAAAUCCGCAGAAAAGAUGGAAAAAUCAGAAGAUUUAUCGAAAAAAUCUGCAGAAAAAUCGGAAGUUUUGAUUAAAAAAUCAAUAGAAAAAACGGGGGUUAAAUUGAAGAAACCUGUCCUAAAAAUAGAUAGACUGGAAAUUUCGGCGAAAAAAUCAACUGAAAAAGUAGAUAAAUCAGAAAUUAUAUCGAAGAAAUCUGUUGAAAAAAUAAAUAGGUUGGAAGCUCCGGUGAAAAAAUUGCCAGAAAAAGUAGAAAAAGAAGCGACACUGAAAAAACAUAUCGAAAAAACUGAAAAGUCGCACGCUUCGAAUACCUUUACGAAAAAUUGUUUGAAAAAACCAGCCGAAAAGAUAGAAAUACCAGAAAUUCCGCCGAAAAAACCUGCUGAAAGGAUAGAAAAAUCAGAGUUUUUGUUGAAAAAAUCUGCAGAAAGAAUUGAGAAGCCUCAAUCUACGAAAAAUUCUGUAAAAAUCCCAUCUGAGAGAACAGAGAAACCAGAAAUUUGUUCGAAAAAGCCAACGGAAAAAGUAGACAAAUCUCACAAAAAACCAACAGAUAAAAUAGAAACACCUCAACUUCCUUCGAAAACCUCUACAGAUAAAAUAGAAAAACUAGAAGUUCCAUCGAAAAAACCGGUUGCAAGGAUAGAAAAUCGGAAAGCUUCGAAUUCCGAAGAUUGUUCGAAAAAACCGAUAGAAAAAAUAGAAAAGCCGAUACCAGUUCCCGAAGAAACCAUUCGUACGAGUAGCGAGAAAGAAGUCGAGAAAGAAUCGCAAAAAAUGGAAGAAAAUCUACUUCACAAGACGCCUAAUAAAGCAAAAAAUAUCGAAAGAUCCGAACCCGAUAGUAACUUCGCGCUCGAAGAAGGUGAAAUUAGUCAACCAAUUCCAGUCGUAGAACCGGUUUGUAAAUCAACGAUUACCAAAAAGACUCUCAACCGUAAGAAAGCGUCGAUAAAAAUAAUCAAAGCUAAACCUAGUAAACUCGAUGGCGAUCAAAAAACUGCUAAACGAGUCAGCGUAUCGCAAACAACAACCAACAUCGAAGAAUCAGUAACCGAAAGUAAACGAACUGAAGAUCUCGUUAAUGAAAAAAUUGAAGACGAUGUUACGACAAAAACGAUGCCUAAAUUAGUAUUCGCGAAUGGUAAAUCGACAUCGAUGGAGGAAUGUUCGCAAAAACCGAUUAUUCAAACGAUUGCAACGUCUAGCAGCAAGAUGUUCUGUUUGGAGAGUAAAAAGAUCAUAUUCAAGAAAAAUAAAUCAUCUACGGUGCCCGAUGAUAAAGAAGAAAAUAGUCCUCGUAAAACCGAAGCUUUCUCAGCAGAUAAUGAAAACAGCGUUUACGCUUUUGAACCCGAUUUACCUACCACUAGUCCGCCGUUCAGACGACUGAAACCAGUUACGCCAACGAAAUCUCUCAUUAGUGGGAAUUCGAUAGCUGUACAGGUGAAUUUCGAAAGCAACGCUAAAAUAGAAUGUUCGAGUUCUUCGGAAACGCAAGUAUCCUCUACUACCGAUUGCGAUGAUCGAGUAUUCUAUAUACCAAUACAAACGUCAGAUACGAGUAGUACUUUAGGCGUAGCUGUCAAAUUAGAUACAGACGGAGCUAAUCAAAAGAUCAUAAUGAGCGCUACGCUGGUUACCAAAUCACCAUCGUUUACUACUACUACGGCUACGACUGUCGCAUCUAAAUCUGUCAACGUUGAAUCAAAUGUUGCCGAGAUAAUCGAACCGAGAGAAACGUCCAAAAAAGACACGAGUGAUAAAAUAGUUGCCACAGCUGAUUCGCAGUCCUCCGCUCAAACUCCUACCGAUUCUCCUUCUUCGACUGUAGUAUCUCCUAAAUGUAAUAAAAAAGUUAGCUCUACUACUAAACCUAAUCAAUCGGUGAAGAUCGUGAAAAUCAACAAAGUCAAGAAACCACCACCUCCUAAACCUAAACCGAAGCCGGUUAAAACCAAAAACGUUAAAACUAAACCAGCCGAAGUUACUAAACCGGUACAAAGUACUUCGUCGAAGAAUGAAAUUUUAGAAGCUCCGACAUUCUAUCCGACUGAAGCAGAAUUCAACGAUCCUUUGAAGUACAUCGAUUCCAUACGACCUGCUGCUGAAAAGUUCGGUCUUUGUAGAAUCGUUCCUCCUUCUACUUUCAGACCCGAAUGUAAAGUUGCCGAUGAGAUGAGAUUUACUGCGUAUAAUCAAUACGUGCAUAAAAUGCUACAUCGUUGGGGUCCAAAUGUCAAAGAAAUGAUAGCCAUUAAAAAAUUCCUCGCAACUCAGAACAUCCAAUUGACUCAGGCUCCUUUGAUCGGUGGCAUGGAAGUAGAUUUACCUCGUUUAUACCAAAUAGUCCAGCAAUGCGGUGGCCUAAGUGCAGUCAUCCAAAAAGAAAGAUGGCACCAAGUGGCGGAUGUGAUGAAAAUACCGAAACUGGCUCAAGAUCGAAUAACAAAAUUGGAUGAUAUCUAUUGCAAAUAUUUAUUACCUUACGAUAUUUUAUCUCAUGACGAAAGAGAAAAAUUAUUCGAUGAUGUAGAAAAAGACUGGAAUGAUCAUUUGAAAAAUCCCAACGACGAUGAUGAAGUGUUCGACGACGUCGACGAAUGCAUAGUUAAGGGUCGUACGAUGCCAUUAAGCUGUUUCUAUCGUAUCGCUCGUAACACGAUGAUGAUGUGUUUCGGCAGCACCGAAGGCCAAGGAGGACCUUCGACCGAAACUAUCGAAACCGAAUUUUGGAAUCACGUAUCUCAACGUAAAUCUCACAUCUGUGUGCAUUCCGGCUCCAUUGAUACCGGCGUACACGGUUACGGAUUUUCGGUCGCGAAAAACAGCACGUUUCGAAAACAUCCGUGGAAUUUGAAAGUAUUAACCAAUAAUUCGGCUUCGAUUCUAAGAUCUCUAGGUCCAAUUAUGGGCGUUACUGUUCCUACGUUACAUGUCGGUAUGCUGUAUUCUGCUUGUUGCUGGUAUCGCGAUCCUCACGGAUUACCUUGGGUAGAAUACUUGCACACAGGUGCAAAUAAAAUUUGGUACGGAAUACCUGACGAGUUUAGUGAGCAGUUUAGUAAAGCGAUGCGUAAUUUGGUUCCGAGGUAUUGUCGAGAUAAAGGACUAUGGCUUCCAUCGGACACGGUCAUGGUACCACCACCAUUAUUGGCAGCUGAACAUGUUCCAUUGUCUAGAGUUGUCCAACAGCCUGGUCAAUUUAUCGUUGUGUUUCCUAAAGCGUUCACUUCUUGCAUUUCAACCGGUUAUAUGGUCUCGGAAAGCGUAUAUUUUGCUCACGCUUCGUGGUUAAAUUCUGCUAAACAGAUUUUCUCGGAUAUGCAAGAAAGCUGCGAGCCAUCAGUAUUCUCCUUAGAACAAUUACUCAUCAGUGUAUCUACAGAUGUUCGAGUUAAUCUUUCGAUCCUUGACCAGAUAUUGCCUUUAUUGAUUGAACUUCGCGAUACCGAAGUAGCUUCGAGAAAACAGCUCGUAAAAUUAGGAUUAAAUACUUCGGAGAAAAUGACAAUUAACAAAAAACGUAAACCUAAAUCAUCGUUUAAUGACGAAGAUAAUUACGAAUGCGAAGUUUGUCGAGCCAAUCUUUUCGUAUCAUUGGUGAUAAAUUCUCACAAGGAAACCAAUUAUUGUUUAAAACACGCUGUGAAUCUUUUGCAAAAGAAGCCAGCGCAAUUAAAAUAUUGUAAAUUAAUGUGCGCCUAUUCGGAAGAUGAAUUAGACGAAAUUAUCAAGAAAGUUCAAGAAAAAAUGGAAGCUAAACGUAAUCGUAAACCGAACGUUAAAUCGAAUUCGAACUGAUUAUUCUAAGAUUUAAAGUUGUGCCACGAUAUUAAAAACGUUUGUGUUCAAACAUACUCUUAGAUAUUGUACGGAUAAAUGUACAAACUGCCAUUUUUUCCUUUUGUUUUAUAUUAUAAUAUUACGUAGAUAACUAUAAAAUGGUUCCAAAAUUAAAAUAUUUUACGCCAAUGUGAUAGACGAAGAAGUAUAUAAUUUGUAAUUUUAUUGUAUAGCUUAAUGUUUUGGGACCAUCAUGUUGUACAUAGAGAAAGGAUGAAAGAACUUUCAGUUUGCAUUUUAUCAUUCAGCGUAGUAUUUUUAUUUUCCGCGAAAGGCUGAACUAGUCUUUUUUUUGUACGUUUUCUUAUUUAAUGUGUUCAUGAUGAUGUAUUUUUAUUUAUAGAGAUUUUCAAUUUUUUCUACUCGUGUUUUUUAGGUAAUGAAUACAGAUGAUAAUUUGUGUACG